AGCCUCUUAAAGCCCCAUAUUUUGUUUUGCUCUCUUUCUGGCUUAUAUGAAUAUAGUUACCAUCAAUGAAGAGCCCUGAUAGGACACAGCGUUUGGAAAUUUCCACAAACUGUCCACACCUCUUUCUAACACCACUGACCCCUGGAAAGGAUUUUAACCUCUUGGAAUUCUUUUUGCUUAUAUGUGUGAAUUCUCAGAAGACUAAUGACAAUCUCUGUCAAGUAAGGAGAUGGCAAAGAUGAACAGACUCUAUGUUGCGCUACUAACAGCUCUAGCCUUGUGGAAACAUUGCCUGGCAGAAUGGAACACAACCGAUGGAUCAUCCACCUGCCAUCUUCAUGGCAAGAUGGACAAUUGCACAGCAGAAAAUGAUAUAGAAGAGUGGAAUGGCCACUUCUCGAAAUGUCCAGAGGAGCUAAAACAUUAUUGUAUCCACGGAGAGUGCCGUUACAUUAAGGACCAGGAAACCCCAUCCUGCAAGUGCCAGAGUGAUUACAUGGGUGCCAGGUGUGAAUAUGUGAACAUUUCAGAACCGUGGAAAAAGAACAGAAAUAUCAUUAUUGGAUGCUCCAUUACCGUUCUUCUGAUCCUGAUGAUCCUCGUCCUUUCCAUCUGCAUCUGUUCACAUCGCAGGUUCAGAUUGUGUGGACAGAGAAGAAGACAGCCUGGAGAGCCAAAGAACUUGACAGAGAAGGACACCAUGUUGGAUACGAGUGCAUCAAUAACAGCAGACCCAGAGAUACAUACCAACUCAGUAUGAGGACUCCCUCAGAGCCAAUUGCAAGCCUGUAGGCAUUACAUGUAUACACGUGGGAGAGCUGCUGAAUGCAGCGUUGCUGUGAAAACAGGUCGCUUCAUAUGCUCUCUGAACAGCACCGAGGACCAUGAGGAAUACCAAUUCACAAGGAAAUGUGUCAUCCUGGGAUAGAACCUAAGGAGCUCCCUUUCUCCUUUUAGAGAUCAGCUUUGUUUCAAACAUUAAACAGGCUUGUGGAAGAAGAGGGAGAUGCCCUCCUGGAUUGAUGAUAAAUAUAUGAUGGGGGAGUGUUCAGCUGCCUUAGUGCUGGAGAGGAAGGCUUUUGUUUUAAAAGCUGCGGCCUGUCACCGAGUGUUGCUGGUCACACAGCACUAAAUAAAUUGUUGCUAUGUUGGAAAAAGCUGUGAGACCAACUGGCAGCCAAUGAUAACAGCCAGUAAGGUUGUUCUGGAACUGUCAAGUGUGGAAGACAAAUUUAUACCGUAUACCGUCAGAGGAGAGGAAAACGACUGUCCUUUUAGGGAGUCUGAGCAACAUACAUUAGCCUUUAAACAGAGUGUAACACCAUAUCUUACAACUACAGCCCCAGGUUUGUUUGCUGCUUCUUUGGCUUUUGUGUAAUGUCACUGUUUCAUUAUCUGCACCACAUAAUGUUUAGCUAUGACUUUAAAUGCAUCACUACAGAUCCGUGUGUUCAUUAAGCUUGUAAACAGUGUUGUUACUGAUGUCCAACAUCAGUGCAAGAAAAGAGACAGUAAGGAAGGAGCUACAUUAACUGAAAGGCCUGCAGAGGAUAAGUAGAUAUUAUGCUGGAGGGUUUAAAAAAAAAAUCUGUAUUUGGAGGUGAGCAGCCUGUAGGCUACAGAACAGCUGAGUCUGUGUGCUCGACCUGACAGGGCUCCCCUGUUGAAGACAGUUUUAGAGCUGCCAAACUUUCACUGGGGUUUCAACAUGUAUCAGAGUCAAGUAAAUCUGCCUCAGCCAUUUAAAUUAGCCAUCAAUAAACAUGCUGUGGUGUAGUUGUACUUUUUAAAAUAUUUUUUACAUAUAAACGAAGAAUAUGUUUACUUCACAGUUUGUCUCUAAAAAAAAAAAAGUUUAUUUCUACAAGAAGUUCCUGAGAAGAGGCAGUACAAACAACCUAUUUUGGAGAGUGAUUAUAGACUCAUAUCUCUCAGUUUGUUGUUGAAGUGCUAGGCUAAUGUAAGCAGAUCAGAUGUGUUUUGCUUCAUGACACAAAAGAUGCAGCAGCCAUUACUGUCUCUCUGUUGGGUGAAGUACAUCAGGACUGUUCAGGAAAAGCAAAAUCAUUAGUCCAGUAAAAGUUGUGUUUAAUGCCUACUUUACAAUUCUGAAAUCCCUGCAAAAAAAGAAAAAAAAAAAGAAAAAGAGGAUUUUUAAGUAAAUAAAAUUGACAUUGUUCUCCGGCUAAAAUAAAGUGUUUGGUUUCACUGACAUAAAAUUAGAAACAGCAGAUAUUAGGAGAGGAUCUUGGACAUAAACUUUUACUCUGGUCAUUAGAAACAAACUUAAUUGGAAACCCUAAUCUGAUUCUUUUGUUCGGAGUCCAAAGGAUUGGAUUGGAGUAUCUCUAACCUUAUGAUCUUUUAUCCAGCUAAAGUGGUUGAUAUUGUGAGGAACUAAAGGUAACGUGGUUAACAGACUUUUUGUUAUCUAACUCUUAUCAGCCUGACUUUAAUUAACACAGCCAUGUUGGAAUUUCUCAACUUCAUGCUAAAAAUUAAACUGAACGCCUGGUGAAGUUUAAGUUUGACGUUAAGAUGUAAAUCCAAGGCUGCUACUUGUAUGAAAGUUGCUGGAAAAAAACAAACUUAAAUGUCUCAUUUAUAGGUAUACAGUUUGUAUAUCAUGAGAAUACAUUCCGACAUACGACACUUAGACCACUGGACUAUUUCUAAACAUGUUUCCUUAGUAUUUAAAUACAUAAACCCUAGAGAAACACAUCUUCAAGUUGUAGUGCUACCAGUAUUCAGCAACUUAAGCAAUGGCAGAUCCCACAGGUUUUCAGCUAUGUAACUAAGUGCUCCACUUGACUGUAAACUACAGUAAUUCCCAGGUUGGAGCUUUAGCCUUUGAGCCAAGUUAAAUCUUUAAGUAGGGUAAUUUCUAGUCACUCUAACUCAUACCAAAACAAACAAUAUGUUAUUAACAGAAUUCAGAGAGAGAACUAAAAUGAAAUGGGAUCCAGGAGUUAGAAAUACUAAAGGAGGUUUGCAGUUAGGGAAUAUGACUGCUGAAUUUGUACCAGGUUUAUUUAGUGUUUCUUUGUGCAGGAAUUAGUCUUAGCUUUAAGAGUACUGUUUACUGUGUACCGAAGCCUUUUAAGAUUUGACUGAUAUUCACUGGGGGAAAGGGUUACAGUAAGAGCUUAAAACAUAAUAAAGGGAAUAAAUUGAACUUAACAUAGAAUAUAAAACAAAAGUAUAGAAACAAAAGGAAAUUGACAAAAGUCGAUAAAAGAAACUGCCAUUUUAUUAGAAUUGGAAAUAAAGAUUCAUGCAGAUGCUGAUCUAUACUUAAAAUGAAAACUAAAUUUGAAGUCUUUUUAAAGCUGCAUUAAAAGUGAUCAAUUGCCUGUGAUAAUUCAUGAGAAACACAUACUACUAAAUUAAAUGUAACUAGAAAUCGAAAGAGAGACUGGUGCUAAAUAACAAGUGAAACAGGAAAAUAAUAAUUAUUCUUCCAGUUCAAGAAAGCUCUGAUGGUUUUUUCUGCUAUACUGUCUGCUGAUAACAACUGAACCCCAGUCAUUAAAAAGGCAAAUGAUUUACAUUCUUCUUUCUCCUUCCCAGAUCAUUAGACCACGUAUCACUAGAUAACAAAAUGCUUUAUAUCGUAUAGGCUGGUUUAUAUUCACCUAAUGCUAACUUUGUUUGUAAUGAAACAAACAACACAUACUGUGAUUAAGACGAUCAAUCCUCAUAGUUUUACAGUGUUGUGUUGCCAUGGUGCAGUAACACCGGCUAGACUCUGCACGGUACACCUGUGACUGUACAGUAAGUCCUAAUUGUCCUCGGUCAUAACUGUCUUAAUUCACUUCUUGUGAAUUUAAAAGAAGCCGCCCCCCAAGUUCAUCUGGGAUCAGAUCAAAUCUGAUUUAACAGUUAGAAAGUUUUGAGAAAUAGUCCUUUUUUUAGUGUUUUGCAAAACUCCAUAGUAUGCAAUGAUUUUUUUUUUAUUUCUGAAUAUUAGAAGUGAACAAUACCAAUGGAGACUUUAAAAAAGUCUGCAAUAAUGUUUAUUAUUAACUUUGAAUGUUUCCCUGUGAUAUCAGUGAAACUGUUUUCAAAGACAUCCGUGGUAUGCUGUAGUUUCUAUGUGAAGGGCGGGUCAGAGGAAAACAAAACUGAUAAGAGGAUAGAUAACGGCUAAAUUGUUGUAGAUGUUUGAUCCAGAGCUGUGAUGGGCUUACGGCCUAUCCACUGGAUGUAUCCCGCCCUUAAUCAUGUGACUGCUGAGUUAGACCAGAGUCCCCUGGUUACAUUUGACAGGACCAAGCAGGUUCAAGUUGGAUUCAAUCACAAAGUUUUUCUAAUAUUCUCCAUGCAUGUUUUGAAAUAGCAUGCCUACAAAUGUGACAUUUGAAUCAACCGAAGCCAGGUUUGACACUGGAUGGAAACAGCUUCACCUGUUCCCUCCUGACAUGUGUGCAGGCUGAGCUUUGCUCUGACAACUGUGCAGAGAUUAACAAAUAGUUGAGUGAUAUGUCAGCACAGAGAAGGCUCCAAAUCACAGGUGGACACUGUAAACCAAAAUAGUAAGUGAGUCAUAAAGGAAGUAUUUUAAGCUUUUAGUUUGUUUUGUGUAGUUUAUGUAAAGGCCACUGGAGGUCAGCAGUACACCACAGCCAUUUAAAGUUCUCAGCAAUAAUAGCGCUGCAAAAGCUCACCUCUGAAGUAUGAGUUUAACCAGAUUAAACUAUACUUGCUUUGCUUUCAUCAGUUUCACAUUUAAACCAAAACAAGUAUGUUACCUAGACAUAUUACCAGCUGUUUUUUUAUAUAUUCUAUACCUUUUUAUAAAUGUAAGAUUAAAUUGUCUUAGGUAUUGCUUAUAUAUAAGGAACAAAAGAAACAUAAAUCUUUUUUUUUUUAACAAACACUGUUAUUUACCAAUGUCUUUAGUAAUCACAAUUUUUUUAUAUUCUUGGUUUUUCAGGAUUCAUCUUAUUUAAGCCACAAUGAUGAACAGUUCUUCUGGCUUUCUAAAGAGCUUUUUGUUGUUUUUCUUUGGAUGUUAGCUGCUGUUUGACUUUCACUUUAAUUUGGAUGCCUUUCUCAAGGCAUGAUGCAAUGUGAACCUUUUAAACAGAUUAGCAAAUGUUUAAUUGCAUAAUUGGAUAUUUUGACCCGUAACAGAACCUGGCCCCAAGACAAAAUGUUCAUUUUUCUUUCUUUUACAAGUCUAAUACUAAUUUGAGGUAUAAACUAUCACAGUCCUAUUUUUCAGUUAUCUACAGGUAUAAAAGAUUAUGCUAGUUCUUAAAAUAAAACCUCAACAUCUAGGUCAAAACACAUUUUCCAACACAUGUUUAAGCCAUAACAUAAGUAUGUAACAAAUAGUUGGAUGUAGAAAUACCCACUGAUGUGCUUCCUUGCUGCAUGGAGAUUGUUAAACUGUAUCAUCCCUCCUUCAUUGAGAUCUGCUUUUCUCUAAACUCAAACAAAAAAACAUAAAAGAGAUUAAUGCUGCUAGACAACAAGGAAAGACAGGCAUCAGGGAACUCAUUGAUAAACAAAAAUCAGUCACAAAUCAGUCAUAAGAAACACAGGAAGGCUCCCACAGUGAGAUUACUUGCUUUUUAGCCUCUGGGUAUCUGAUACUUUCAUUUAGUUUCUCUCCUUGAGCUCCAUUGUUUGGCGUUUGCUCAGCUUCCUCUGCAUCCUGAGCACAUCUAUCACUACAUUCCAGUACAUCCUAAUCCUUUUAUUGAGACAUCCAAAUGUCAGUACUGUCAUCUUGAUUUGACAUAGACAUAUGACAUGAUGCUGGGUAUGCACCAUUUCAUACAACAGUAAAAUGAAUACUGUUACUCAUCCAGCUAAAUCUGAAAAAAAAAAAAAAACUAUGUAAUUUCAAUCCCAAAAUAUUCAAUGUUAAUGUAUUACAUAGGUUCUUGUACAAUAAAAAGUAUAGGAGGUUAUUCCUGAAGUGUUGGCCUGAAAUUUUCUUUUGAAACUUGUCGGUCAGCAGGUUGCGGUGUGUUGAAUUUCUGUCGUACAUUUUUCCCACUUAGUUGAAUAAUUUAUAUAUAAACAUGAAAUAAACUGGUUUAAUUAUGUUAA